AUGUGGAUUUAUGCGCGAGAUUUAUACGAAAAUCACGUGAAAACAUAUGACAAAAAUAAUUUGCGUGACUUUUGCGAUACAAUUAUCGCCGCUAAACACGAGGCCAUUGCGGACAACAAGCCGUCGGCUAAAUAUCUAACCGAUGAGAAUCUGAUCACAACUAUGUGUGGACUCAUUAAUGCUGGCGUGGAGACCACUCAGGACACGGUAUUGUGGAUAUUGCUAUACAUAGCCUAUUACCCCGAUUAUCAACAAAAGUUACGCAACGAGAUUAGCCGUGAGAUCGGCGAUCGGAAAUCGUUCUGGCUCAAAUUUGUCCGGAUUUUUCCACUUUGUCGCAUCGGUCAUAAUGUGAACUUGAUGCACCAGUACCUGGGUGUGUUUUGGUACCGUGUGCUUGCCUGA